CCGGCCCCCGGGCCGCGCUCGCCCGGCCUCCCUCCGCCCCGGCCCGCCCCGUCCAGCCCGGACCGCCCGGCUCCCCGCAGGCCCUCGCGCCGCCCGCGUUCCUAUGGACAGACGCACAGACACCUGCAGGAAAGACACUGCUGAUCCUGUAACAUGGAGGAUUGCCUUCAUACCUCAUCGGAGAAUCUAUCCAAAUUGGUCAGCUGGGCCCACAGCCAUGGAACCAUUUGCAGCCUCAUUCCAAACUUGAAACAUUUGCUCUCGGAAGGUUCCCAUGGGAACCUCACAGCAAUGUGGGGCUGUAGUGCUGGCCAUGCUUACCACUGGCCACUGACAGCUACUUGCAGAGCUGGGUCCCAAGAAAGGGUCUGUUUCCAGGACAAUAGAAGUUUUAAUUCUGAUAGUCCCAGCAUCAUCGGGGUACCCUCAGAGACACAAACUAGCCCCGUGGAACGGUACCCUGGGAGAGCAGUGAAAGCAAAACUAGACUGCAAUCGGACCAGAGACUCCUGUGACUUCUCUUACUGCAGUGAGCCCUCCGAACUGGACGAGGCUGUUGAAGAGUAUGAGGAUGAGAACACCCUGUUCGACAUGGUUUGCGAAUCUUCUGUCACAGAUGAAGAUAGUGAUUUUGAACCCCAAACCCAAAGGCCUCAAAGCAUUUCUCGCAAGAGGCCUGGAAUAAUCCCAUCGACUCUUCACUCCAGCUCUCAGACUCAGCUGGUUGACGACUGUAGCAAUGAUGUCAUCAUUAAGAAGAUAAAACAGGAGAUCCCAGAAGAUUAUUACAUCGUGGCAAACGCAGAGCUGACGGGAGGCGUUGAUGGGCCCGCUCUGUCGUUAACGCAGAUGGCAAAACCCAAGCCUCAGACUCACGCUGGUCCCUCUUGUGUGGGGUCUGCUAAGUUGAUUUCCCACGUCACAUCUGCCAUCAGCACGGAGCUCGACCCACAUUGCAUGUCUGCAUCCCCAUCCGUGAUGUCCAGACCAAUCGUCCAAAAGACUGCCCGGGUAUCUCUUGCUUCACCAAAUAGAGGACCCCCUGCUGGCCAUGGCAAUAGCCAACAGGUGUCCAUGCAGAUGCCCGUGAGCACGUCCCAUCCCAACAAACAGAUCAGCAUCCCUCUGUCUGCCCUGCAGCUGCCUGGACAGGAGGAGCAAGUCGCUUCUGAAGAGUUCCUGCCGCAUCUGCCCAGCCAGGUCUCCUCCUGCGAGGUGGCCCUUUCCCCCUCCGUUAACACCGAGCCAGAAGUGAGCUCCAGCCAGCAGCAGCCCCCCAUCGCUCCAACCAUCACCACAGAGGCCACGGCACAGUGUAUACCAGACCAGGAUGAAAGAGCAGCUGAGCUCAGCAGGGAGCAGAAUGAGAAAACCAUCCGGAGCACACAGACUGCGCUCCGCAAUUUCCCCUAUUCUACCAAACUCAACAAGUUCCCUGUGUUUAACAUGAAUGAUGACUUAAAUGACCUCUGCACCAGUGCAGUCAGCCCAAACACAACCAAAGCCACGCGGUACGCCCUCAAUGUGUGGCGGUAUUGGUGCAUGACCAACGGGCUCAAAGACCACACGGACAUCACUAAGAUCCCGGCAGUGAAGCUGAACGAGCUGCUCGAGAACUUCUACGUCACCGUGAAAAAGAGCGACGGCUCCGACUUCCUGGCCACCUCCCUGCACGCCAUUCGCCGAGGCCUGGACCGCAUCCUGAAGAACGCGGGGGUGGGCUUCUCCAUCACCAGCAGCACCUUCAGCUCCUCCACCAAGAAGCUCAAGGAGAAGCUGUGGGUGCUGAGCAAGGCGGGCAUGUCGGGCGCCCGCUCGCGCAACAUCGUCUAUUUCUCCCUGUCGGACGAGGAGGAGAUGUGGCAGGCGGGCUGCCUCGGCGACGACAGCCCCAUCGCCCUGCUGUCCGCCGUGGUCAAGUACAACAGCCAGUACCUGAACAUGCGGACCCUGCAGGAGCACGCCGACCUCAUGUACGGGGACAUCGAGCUGCUCAACGACCCCCAGAACCAGCCCUACUUCGCCCGGACGGACAGUGUCAAGCGCGAGAGUCGCAGCGGCUCCACGCGCGUGUGCCACGGGAAGAUCUACCACGAACACUCCCGGGGCCACAAGCAGUGCCCUUACUGCCUCCUCUACAAGUACAUGUACAUCCACCGGCCCCCCACCCAGAUGGAGGCCAAGUCGCCUUUCUACCUGACGGCCAGGAAGGAGGCCACGGACAUGGGCAGCGUGUGGUACGAGGAGCAGCGGAUGGGCCUGCGGUCUCUCCGCGGCAUCGUCCCCAACCUCGCCAAGAAGGUCAAGCUGGAAAACUGCGAGAACUUCACCUUCGUGUCGUUUACUCAGGUGUCCAGGAGGCUGGGCUCCCACAGCUGCUGCCAGUGAGACCUCCCCGGGCCCGGGCCCCAGCACCCCGGCCGGCUGCCCGCAGCGGGGAGCCCGGGCUCAGGCCCACCUUGGUGCACAGGACGGACCCACUGUUCCUUUGGACACGGGGUGUGUCUACUGUCAGCGGAAAAAAGGUAGAUGAGUCUAAAUCAUCGGACGUGUCUCUCCAAUGUACGUUUCCGCCGUCGUGAAAGCAUCGAAUCUAACGCUGUGGAUUAACUGCUCAGUGCAGAAGCGGGAGGCGGUUCAUUUUAUCUAGUGCCUUUUUAGCACAGAUUUCCUCAACAACAACAACAGCAAAAGUAGUGGUUAAAAAAAUAAAAUCAAAUCCCAGUAGCCUGGUAGCUUUAGAAUGUGAUCAAGACGGUGAACGCUUUGUGGAAUGACACUCACAAGAAGGAACUCGGGAGAGACGGGCCCGACAACCCUUUCCCAGAGAAAACUUGGCCCUGGAAGCUCUGUCCCCUUCGUUUGCAGCGGGCCAGUGGGGAGCCUGGGCAGCGGAGCCAGCAUUCUGACGACGGGGCCAGAUGGCGGGGCAGCCGCUCCCCCCUGCCCCUCCUCCCGCCCCCCCCCCUCCCUGCCCCCAGCACCGGGAGGAACUUGACCUCGCCUCCAGCAUCCACCGACACCGUUUUAUGGGGCCCAAAAGAAGCCGAAAGCACCAAAAGGUGUUGGCAGAAUAAGGCUUCCGGUGAACCAGCUGGUUUGCCCCAUGCGGGGACUCCCGGUCACGCAUGAAGGAGUGGCUUGGGAAAGCCCUCUGGGAUCAAAAUGUGAAAGCCCCCCCUCAAGUAGAAGUGCCUAUGUUUUACUUCUCAGCACCACACGAACGCGCUUUUCAUCUUCACGGUUUUUUGUUGUUUUGGUGGGUUUUGGUUUUGGGUUUUUUUUUUUUUUUUUUCAGAGUCUCUCUUCAUCUGUCAGUGUGUCCUCUCAUGCUCUGCCAGGAUUGAGCACUGACAGUGAAACCACAAAAGGUAGUUUUCAGACUCCCCCCCAACCCCCCUCUUGCCCCACCCCGCCCACCCACCCACCCCCCAGGAAAGUCCAACAAAACACGCUGCAAAGAAAACAAAUCCCAAAGUCUGUUCAUUAACCAGCAUUGAAAUCUUUCUAACUGAGACUUCUUCAGCCACAAGAAAUGUCAUUCUUUUAGGUUGGCACCAAUGGUUGGGGGUACGCUGAUGGGGCCAGCCUGUCAGGUAAGCCACGCCGGCAUUGAGGGCCAACUUAUAAAGUCUCCUCCAGUGUGAAAGUCUCGUCAUUCAGGGAAAAAAAGGUCAACCUGAGCACCCGUUAGUGAGACAGCCACAGGAUUUCCUAAUUUCUGGAGCCCAAAGAUUAAUGAUUCAUAAUAAUAAUUUCUUGGGGACUUUGAAUCAAGACUGGUAUGGCUUUACUGAUAUUAUUUUCCUUGUGUCUUCUUUCUAAUCCCAAUUAAAAUUCCGGUAUUUAUUUUGCAGGAGUCCUAAAGUAAUACCUAUCUCUUCUUUGAUACCUUAUCUUGGUAUUUAUUUUGAUUGUGAAAAGUAUUCACUGGUCAUUGAAAUAUGUAAUUCCUCGUUUAACAGAGAAGAGUCAACCAAUGCUGCCUUAAGGUUGAAUGUUCUUUCCUUUUUAUUUGCUGUCCAUUUAUCAUUCUCUUUUGCCAGUUGAUCUUUCCAGAGUAUCGAUGAAUCUUGUCAUGUCUCCAAGUGUAUACAGAAAACAGUACUUAAUAAUGUUUUGAUUUGAUACUGGAUACUGUUCUAUGUGGUUUCCUAUGGAGAUUUGAUGAAAAUGAGACAUGAAGCAUUACUUUUUUUUUCCUUUAGUUUGCUAAACACCCAAAGGAGAGUUUAUUUGUGAAGAUCAAGUGAUGGUUUUUUUUUUCCAGCUCUGUGCUUAAACGUAAAUAUAAUCUAUGUGAACUAUAUAUAGGGCACAUAGCCCUAUUAAAUAAAACCCCGUGUUUAUUUUAAAUAGAUUUUAAAAAUUGCCACUUUGCCACUAGGAAUCCCUGGAAUCUUUUUCGAUUUUAACAUUUCCAAAAGUAGCAAUAACUGAUCCAGAGUUUGUAAUCUUUCAGAUAGCGGCUUUUCAUCUGCUGAAUAACCAUUUCUGCCUCAACUUGGUUGCUUGUCAUCUAUUUGAUAUACUAUAAAUCCCCAGAGUUCCGAAAUGAAUGAUUAUAAUAAAAAAAAAAUCAGGAGGGUAAAAUCUUCCAUCCUCUGUGAUGGAAUGAAAUUGUAUCUCAGCAUCCUGAAUUCUCAUUAUGUGCCUCCUUGGGGACUGGAAACGAGGAAUAAGACACAUUUAUCAAAGUGCUGCUCUGUGGCACCCAUUACACUGGUACUUUGUCUAUGAUAUAUAUGUGCAUCACACACACUUUCAGUGUAUAUGGGGUAAUGCCUAGUUAACCUGAUGGAAUAGCAAAACGCAUCUCUCUGUUUGACCAUAUUCAUUCUCAGAGGACCCGAAGGCGAACAGCAGAGCUAAUUCUGGCUGGCGUUGUGGAAUCCCACUCUAGAGGGUACAUAUGACUCUCCAUGGUCGCCAUGAUUUUCUGUUCAUGAUCAAAGCCGGGAGAAAGGGAAAUCCCAGAGAAGGGCGGAGAGGUGCUUUCAUGGCUGUAGCACUGUAUAACUGUCAUCCCGUUGCUCAUCGAUAUGCUCAAGUGGGCACCAGUAACGUCUCCAUUGUGAGACUUGUUGGUACUGUUUUUGGCAUAUCGAAUACGCCAUGGGUAGCUUGCCAGGCUCUGCCAUGCGGGCGGGAUACUCUCAGUAGCUUGCCGGGCUCUCCCAGAGGGAUGGAGGAAUCGAAUCCAGGUCGGCCACAUGCAAGACAAACACCCUACCCACUAGAGCUUUCAUAGCUUUUUUUUUUUUUUCACUUUAGGUUUUUUUUUUUUUUUUUGGCUUUUUGGGUCACACCCGGUGAUGCUCAGGUGUUAUUCCUGAUUCAUGCACUCAGGAAUUACUCCUGGCGGUGCUCGGGGGACCAUAUGGGAGGCUGGGAAUCGAACCCAGAUCAGCCGCAUGCAAGGCAAAUGCCCUACCCACUUUGCUAUCGCUCCAGCCCCAAUUUUUUUUUUAACAUAAAAAUGAGAAUGAACAAGUGUUCACACAUUCACCUAGGCAUGAGUGGCCUUGGGGCACUGUUAGAAAUGGAAGUGCUGAAGGUGUUCCAAGAGUCUGGAUUUCUUUGGGUUACAUUAGCACCUUUUGCAUCUUCUCUUGGUGAGCUCUGAUUGCCUGGUACUCUCCUUCCCCAAAUCUAGCAGACCACCCGGCUGAAAGCUGGUUCAGAAAGAAUAUGCAGCGAGAGAACUUGAAGGAUUGGGAUUGAGAUCAAAGUUUUAGCACAGACUCUGAUGUAAUACGUAAUGUUGCAGUUUUGGUUAUAAAUUUGGGCCACAGAAUGGCAUUAUUCAACUCACCUGCAUUGCACAGCGUAUUUCUUCCAUGAUGGAAAAGCCCUCUCCUUUAAAUUGCUAAACUUGAUACCAAACCUAAUGAUCUGGUCACAUUGAUACGGAUGAAUUCUACCUCCGACCCAGCCACGCCCCAAUACCUCAGCUACAAGCAAAAACAAGGAAAGGACAGAAAAGCCUGACGUGGCUUGAUGAGAAAGCUUGUCUGUAGUGUAGUGUGUUUGCCAGGGGGACUAGGAUGGAAGGAUCUUCCCAAAGUUGUGAAAGAAAUGAUCUCCUUGGUCACGUGGCAUUUUCCAGCUCUCAGCAUUGAAAGCUUGCAAUCUGUCCCGACUGAUAAUCAGUUCGGAAGAAGUAGGGAAUCUGUUACGUUGAUCUUUAUUUUAAUUCAGCCAUAUUUUAAACACCAGGCACUAUACCACUCAGCAUAUUCAUAUAGUCCCAGGGAGAUUCUGAACAGCUAACCAUCAUGGAUGAAGUAAAAAAAUUUCUUGCUAUAAUAAAAAGAUUAUCACUGUCUGGGAGGGUCUUCACUACUCAUUUGGCAAAUUAUGGGAUCACUGGAAUGGAUUGUUUUCAAAGUGAACAAUAUUAUAUUUUUGCAGUUCUCAGGAUCACACAGUCAGGAAGUGGCAAAACUAGGAAGCAAAUUCCCUACUUCUUCAAGAUCAGGUCGUGAGUCUCCUAACUUACUGUGUCUCAUUAUAUUGUGACUUAUUUUGUGUGAAUAAUGUUUUUCUUGAAUUUUUUAAGUUUCACAACUUACAAAAUUAUUUUGUCAUCUCUAGGCAACAGUGUUGGUUGUAUUUCUCAGUUUAGGCUAACAUUGACCACAUUACUAGUAUGUAAAGGAAGCAGACUGUUAAUAUUUUCCUUAUCCAAUAUGCAUCAUUGUUGCUUUUAUUGAUUCUGGGUUGCUAAAUACUUUUGAACUAAAGGUCAGUUACCUUUAUGCAUCUAUAAAAGAAAACAAUGAAGACCUCAAAGAACAGUUACCUCAUAUUUUUACUGCCAGAGCUCCAUUGAGUCUAAGACCCACACAGAUUUAAAACAGUGAGGAAUACCUCUGAACAAAAGAGUACAGUGAAAAUUUCAAAUCUGUAUAUUUGAAAUUAAAAUAUGCAUAAAAUUUGUAUAAAAUACUCUUGCUUGGAGAUGAACUUUUAACACGCUGUAUUGAAAAAGAAACAUUCCAUUGCUGAGGCUGAAUUAUUUAGGUAAAAAUUUUUUGUUGUACUUUCUUAUAUAAACUCAUCCCCAUACCUAAAGCACAAGUAGAAUGUGAGAUUGGUAAUGAUCUAAAGCUGUUUCCAAAAGAAGAGGCCAUGUGGAAUGGUAAACUCAUCUCUCUGGAAGUUUCCAUAUAUUCUGUACCCUGGGAAUCUGACAUCACAGAAUUUCUCCAGACUCAUUUGAGUAAGGUUUCUGUCCUUUGCCUAUUUUUAUUAUGAUUCUGAGUACUUUAGUUCUUUAUAGUCCCAAGAAAUCCAUAGAAGUUCCCAGAGUUUAUUUCUUAAUCAGAAGCAGAUUGUUAUGCUCAAUUAAGUUGCUUCAUUGUUUUUCUAAUGCAUCUAAUCUGUAAAUUAAUAAUUUCAGAAAAUAAUAUAUUAAGAACAAAAGAAAAGAACACUGGAUUAUAUAUGGUUGCAUAUUGUGCUCCUGACUUUAAUUAGCAAUUAGAUAGAUCUCCCCCCCUUUCACUGAGAUGAGAAUAGACGCCUGAAUAUUUUAUGUUCAGUAGAGCUGAUUUGAUUAAUUUGCACUUAAUUGUAGUUACUGUUACUGAUUCAUUCAGAUUAAAACUUGAAGAAGGUUCAGAUUACCUAAUAAUCUCUGGUUAGUGCUUUCUUGCAGCAGCCCCAUUUUCUUUUUAAAUUUUUUUUUUUUUUGGCAAUCCCUGGAAUCUAACCCAGGCCUCUCACAUGCAAGACAAAUACCCUGCCACUGAACUAUAUCCCCAGCCCUUCUCUUAUUUAAUGUUUACAACAGUUCUGCAAAAUUGAACUCAUUUAUUCCCAUUUACCUAUUGAAAAACUAACAAGUAGAGCAGUUUCAGCUUGAACCCAGGUCUCCUGACUGCAAUUGCAGUGCUCAAUCAGUUGGACAAAACUGCCUUCGGUUUGGCCUGCAGAGAUCCAUUAUCACGGAGCUUUGAAAAAAAAAAUUAAGCACAGCUUCUGUUUGGGGAGAACUAUUUCAUUUCUCAGACCAUACUCAGUCUACUUCAGUCAUUUGUGUGAAUGAGUUGGCCGUCUACUGAGGUCCACUGCCUUUCUACAAUUGUCACUGUCACUGUCAGCCCGUUGCUCAUCGAUUUGUUCGAACGGGCACCAAUAACGUCUCUCAUUGAGAGACUUAGUGUUACUGUCUUUGGCAUAUCCAAUACUCACGGGCAGCUUGCCAGGCUCUUCUGUGCAGGCUUAAUACUCUCCGUAGCUUGCCGGGCUCUCCAAGAGGGGCAGAGGAAUCGAACACGGGUUGGCUGAGUGAAAGGCGAAAGCCCAACCCCUGUGCUAUCGCUCCUUUCUACAAUAAAUAAUUCUCAUCUAGCAGGAAGGGCAGAUAUCCAUGUCAGUGUUUUCUAAGAAAAUUCCAAUCACUUAUCAACUAUACCUGUUUUGUUUUUUUUAACAGAUUGGUCCCAUUUAUUAUCUUUUUUAAAUGCAAUAAAAAAAAACUGUUAACAUUGGUGGAUUGCCUAAUAUGUAAACAGCCUCCAAACCUGUAGGACAGUUACACAUCAGAUUUUGGACCAUUGAUUUUUAACCUCUAUCAGUGGAUUUUUAUAAUCUUCGAGUGAAAAUGCCCUCAAUUGCAAAAUAUAUGUAGCCCAUUUUUUUGUACUCUUUCAGAGCAUUUUAAGUCUUUAAAAAUAGUGUUGUAAGUAACUCUGAGACCAUCCAGUCACACUUUUUUCACUUUAUCAGUAAGAAAAUGAAAUCCCAGAGGUAGUAAAGUGUCCUGUUCAGACGCACCAUUAUGGUCAUAAGUCAGAACUAGAAAAUUGGCCCAGAACCCAGAGUCAGGACGAUUGGGACUGGGGGCUGGAGCGGUAGCACAGUGGGUUGGGUGUUUGCCUUGCACAAGGCCGACCCAGGUUCGAUUCCCAGCAUCCCAUAUGGUCUCCCAAGCACUGCCAGGAGUAAUUCCUGAAUGCAGAGCCAGGAAUCACCCCUGUGUAUCGCUGGGUGUGACCCAAAAAGAAAGAAAGAAAAAAAAAAAGAAGAUUGGGAUUUUAAAAGAUCAGACUAGUAGAAGCUGCCAGUGAGCUGCUCCCUUUAGAUCCCAGAAAGAUGUCCCUGCAUACUCAGAAGGUGGCCCAAUCCCAAUUCCGGAAUCUAGAACGAAUUGGUCUCGUGUAUGAAGCAGAGGGAGGGAGGUGGAGACGGACCCUCCAGGCUCAGUGCUUUCCUUGGCAACACUUCAUGAAAUGGAGGCGUUGAAAUAAAAGAUUGGAACGAGGGCUGGAAAGAGAGUCCAGCAGGUAGAAUUCAUGCUCUUCAUGUGGCUAGCCCAGGCUCAGUCCUGGGCAUCAUAUUCAGUCCCCUGAGCACCACCACGAGUGAUCCCUGAGCACAGAGCCGGGAGUUAAACCUGAGCACUGCCGGGUGUGGCCCGAAAGCAAACCAAAAGAUUGGAACAAUAUUUCAUAGUCAUUCUCUUUCCACUGCCCUUCACCUUUUUGUUCAGGUGAAGACUCAGUGUGAGCUUGCAUGUGAGCUGGAAGAAAGAAAAUAAUCUGUUAGAGGCAGUGCAUUCUGAGAAAAAAAGCGCUCUUUAGAUAAGGGCAGAAAGGAGAUAAUAUCAAAUAAUAGUGAAUUUUUAUGCCCAGUGUUGGGCCAGAGCUCCAUGCUGUCAAGCCACAGGAACAGAAACGCCAUGCUGUAGUCGAAAGGUCUGUGUGAGAAAGUGACCUUGGCAAUGUGCGUAUGUCCCUGACCCAUCUUUAGAACUGAAAAAGGGAUCUGACAGGCACGCAGUUGGACAGAUGCAUAACUAAGGGCUAAUUGUGGGAAGAAGGGACCACGUUGAAGGAUGAGUACAGAAAAAGAAGUAAAAUGGGUUCUGUGAAAGUGGGAUUGGAGGGGCUGGAGCGAUAGCACAGCGGGUAGGGCACUUGCCUUGCACGCGGCUGACCCGGGUUCGAAUCCCAGCAUCCCCACAUGGUCCCCUGAGCACCGCCAGAAGAAAUUGCUGAGUGUAGAACCAGGAGUAAACCUUGUGCAUUGCUGGGUGUGACCCAAAAAGAAAAAAAAAAAAGUGGGAUUGGAGGUCAAGGGUACAUGGAACUCAGAGGCAGAACACUUGCUUUGCACAUAGGGACCUGGAGUUAAUUUCAGCGCUGCUAUAUAUACAUACAUAUUUAUGUGUGUGUGCAUAUACAUAUAUAUUUUUAAAUGGGGAAAAAUUGGAAGCUUCCAGAACACUUGAUGAUAUAAGUGGUCUACUGUAAAGAACAACAACAACAAAAUUUAAUUCUGCCACAUAGAAAGAAUACAAAUGCUUUUCUAUAGUAAUUAUUUCAAAAGUGAAUGUGUUUAGAGAAGAAAUAAAUCAAAUGAAGAGGAGACUAUGUUAGUAAGAAGCACUUCAAAGAAGCUAAAGACAUAGUAGCAGAUAAUAAUCCACACAGGAAAGCAAAGAACAAUGCUGAUGCCUAAAAUAUUCAAAUUAUGUGAAGGGCAAAUUUGGGUUGUUUUUUUUUUCUAAGACUCUUGACAAAGAAUGGGGAUGAAAAGAAUGUGGCACUGGAUUUAGAAGAUAAAAAUAUUAGCUAACAUUACUGAAACUUGCUCUGCUAAUGGAAAGACCACAUUGGGAAACAAAAAUAUCAGCCAAUAUAAAUGAACUGUCUCCUUAAUAUAAUGAAAAUGGAAACAGGCAAAACUUAAAAAAAAUUAAGUAGAAAGAGAUAGAUACCUACCUAAGCACAUCUUCAGCAAGAUACUAACCUGCCAAAGAAGAUAAUGAAAAAAAAAUUUCACAGGCAUCCAGUCACAAAGUAACAACUAUCAGGAAAUAGGAAUUCUGGGUGCCGAAGAGGCAGUACAGGGGUUAAGGCACUGGCCUUGCAUGCAGGAAUUUGAUUUUAAUUCCCAGACCAUAUAUGGUUCCCCAAACUCUUCCAGAAGUGACCCCUAAACACCGCUGUGUGGGGCCCAACCUCCCUCAGCCCCUCAGCCCCGCCAAAAAAGAAAAGAAAUUCUGGCUGUAAGCUUCUCUCCUAGCAAAUGCCAGGAAAUAAGGAAAUUUUAUGACCUAGAAAUUUUAUACAUUUUAUAUUUAAGAUACAGAAAUAUUUUAGUUACAACAAACCUUCAGGAAAUAAACUAUAGACUAUUCUUAUAGAGAUAUGGAACUGUAACCUACCAAGCUUUUUUUUUUUUUUAAUUGUGCUUAAUGUAAUCUCAAAGGAUUCUGGGUUAUCAGACAUCAGGUCAUUCCCCAGUAAAAGAAAGGCAUGCUUUUAGCUAGAUGAUCGGACUAGAAGUGAGGUCUGUAAAAGUAGUCAAGGCCAGUGAGCUAAGAUGUUCCUGAAAAUAACUGCCACACCACACCAUCAUGUUUCUUCAUUAUUAUUUCCAAAGAAACACAUGAUGUCAUUAUGUGCAAAUACAAAUUUCAGAUAUAUCUUCUACAAAUUAGAUGGUACUGAAUUUCCCCCACCACCAGGUGAAAUAUUCUGUCUUGAAAAAGCCCCUAGCUUAUCCCUGAGAAAAGGUAAGGGGCCAACCUGCCUUUGUUUGGGGGAGUGAUCAUUUAUAUUAGAGCACGUGGGGGCCAGCUUUGUGCUGGUCAAACAGAGAACUAACCGCCUUGAGAGAAUUAGAAAAUUUCCAUCUAGCUGGGUUUGGAUGCAGUUAGAAACAGGGAAGCUUUUCUGAGAAUACAAAUACAAGACAGGUUCCAUCUCAGCAUCAGCGAGAGGCGCUGCCUUUAGCUCUACUGGAGGUUUUAUGGAACCGUUCUGAAUUCUCAUAUUAAGGGAAUAAAAAGGAAAGAAGCGCAUCUGGAGCCUGCGCGGUCAGUGUGAGAACGAAAGCAGACCCUUUGGUUUGGGUUUUCUUUUGCUUGCCCUGGAAGGACUUGAAAACACACAAGACUGUCAAGUAUCAUUGGCCUUAAUGCUCCUCCUUGGUAGUGUGUUUCGUCUGUUCCCCGCGUUGUCUUGUCCACUUAAUCUCUAAAUUUCAUUUCCAGCACCACCAGCACGUCUGCUUUAAAUUGAGCAAUAGAAUCAUUAACGCGCUGCUUGGCGUCCACUUUGGUUUUUCAUUCUGAAGCACAGCAACCCCUUCCAGGCGGAGACGCCUCUGGACAAGAUCCAAGUAGACCUGAUCCCAGGGUACCUCUGCCGGGCCAUGGAUGACAGAGUCUCUUCACUGUAACUGCUUCUGUAAGAACCACUGACGCGUUUAUUUACAGUGUUCAUGUUUUCUCUGUGGUUGCUGCAUGUUCCAGAUGAGAGUGACAAAACUCUCCUAACAUUUUCACCAUUCUGGAGAAAUCUAAAAUUUUUUUUUUUGAUGUGGAAGAGGAUGUGCAUUAAGGAUAACACUGGAAACAUUCCGAACCACGUGGCACGUGGGCAGAACCUGGGAUGAUUUUAUCGUGCUGUUUCAACCUUUUCUUUCUCCCCGCAGGGAUGCGGGCACGUGCAGACUCGUAGGAGCAUGUGUGGGAGGGAUUUGCGCGAGUGUGGUGCGUUUUCUGUCAUGAGUGUUAGAGUUGGAAGGGAUGUUCUGGUUCCCCUAAGUCCAGCCCUCUAGUUGGUAGUAUAGAGGAGUCUUCUCACCAGUUUGCAAGGUUCUGAUUUGUUGGGUUGUUUUUGUUUUAUUUUUUUCAGUUGUCAUUGUUGUUUGGUUUGGCUUAUGUACUUGCAGCUUGUUUAAUCCAGAUUUUUGAAAAUAAAAAUAUUAACAUAU